AUCUGGUGUUUUCGUUUCUCCCCACAUACCACACCCGAUUUCGCCAAGAUGUCUAUUCAAGUAUUGAGUGUUUUUAUUUCAUUUUAUUUCUCCGCCUACGGAGUGCAUAUACACGGUCUUACAAGAAGAGAUGGUGAUCUGGGAUGUUUGUACGGGAACGUGUUUGAGCGCGUCGGGACAACGUUCGCCAGCAGAGACGGGUGUAACACGUGCACGUGUUCCUACACAGGCAUGUCGUGCACGACCAACAUCUGUUCAGGUUCAGGCGUACUGGGAAACUGCAACAUAAACGGAAUUGUACAACAGGCAGGAACAACAUGGCUGGCGGCAGAUGGCUGUAAUACAUGCACGUGCACUGGAGGCCAGGUGGCGUGCACACAGUUUACAUGUGGGGUCACGCAGGCACUACCGGUUAGCACGUGCACCACAUUGGGUAUCACUUAUCAAUCUGGUCAGACUUGGAAAGCAAGGGACAGAUGCAACACCUGCACGUGCAUCCGUGGACAAAUCACGUGCACACAGUUCGCCUGUACAACUACAACGCCACGCACGUGUUAUGUGAAGGGAGUGCAGAUGCAGUCGGGCCAAUCAUGGACUGCGCCUGACGGAUGUAACCGAUGCACGUGCAGAAACGGUUUCAGCUCGUGCAUGAACACAAACUGCAACACAAACCCGAACAACCCUAACAGCCACACUGGGGUGACGUGUUACGACAACAUCGCACACCUGUUUCACCCAGAAGGACACACCUGGACCAACAAAUGUGGGACAUGCAACUGCAACCUGGGCAUCACCACGUGCACCAACCCCAGCGUCAGUAACCACUGCCCUGGUUAUUACGGCACUGGAGGGACCGGAACUGGGACUGGGACAGGGACAGGGUCCGGAGGAGUUCUAGGAUCUUGCUAUGAUACCCAAACUAAAGUUUCAUACAGUGACGGCCAAUCAUUCAAGGCCCCGGAUGGAUGUAAUGACUGCGUAUGCCUGCGGGGAGUUAUUCUCUGUUCCAAAGGCAGCUGUGUUGUAGGCCGAUAGAGAAAAUGCAUCGUGAAAAUGUACAAUAAAUAGGAAUAAAAAGCCAA